AUGUCCCAGCGGAAGAGGCAAGCAGAAGUCUCAGGGGACCUUAUCCAUGCACGAUGUCAGCCCGAAUUUUCGAAUCAUGGAACAACCAGCGAUGAUAAAAAGCCCUCGGAUGUGUUCUGUGACUCAGAAAAAUAUGGAGAAGUUUCAAAAAAUAAAGUCAGCGGCGGCGGCCAUAAAAAACGAAGGAUCCAAGCGACAGAUGGAAAACAGACAGGAUGGUGGCCGGAAAACUAUGCACCCAAGAACAAGAGUUGCCCGCAUAUCCAAAGGCAAAUGAAUCCGAUCAUUAAAGCCUACAUGAAGGCAGGUCGAGAACCUGCAGAGAUGUGGGAAGCAGACGGGUGUAUGACCAAGGCAGUCAAAGGCUCUAAAGUGAAAAGAGUUACGCAAAGAAUAUUCGCUAAAGUCAAACUUCCUGAUGAUGUUGCCGAGUGCCUCAAGCAACUCCGGGAGGAAAAACAGAAACAAAAUGCCAAGAGUGUUAUUGAAAAUAACACCUGUGAUAAGGCAACAGAUGCUCCUGUAACUGCUCACUACUCAUCUUACCAAAACCAUACGGGUGAAUCGGCUCCGAGCACUAGCCACACGACGAUGGACCACUGCAGCUCCGGCUCUCACAACACGGAUCACGAUAUACCGCCUAGUAUUAUUUCUGUUGCUAGCGAUGCGACGUCUCAUGACAUUCCAACAGAGCCUGUGAGCAGUACUAUAUCUCGCUUGAAGGGUGAUGAAUGGCUUCAAAGUGUUGAUAUACAACGAUGCACAGAAGUGCUUCAAAACAUUCCUCACGGCUGGUAUAUUUUUGAGCCUGGGUAUCCUUUAAAGGAGUCUAUUACGCGUAGGAAACGUGUCUCUGCAACCGACCUUAUAUUUUUUCUCAGCAAGUCCAAUCACUGGUCGCUUUGUCACCUUAACACAACCACUGGCCACCUCCAUCAUUACAACUCUUUAAGAGGCAUCGAUAUGUCAGUUAAUCGUCUACGAUCAUGGGUAUCAAAAGAGCCGACAAUUAGAACCACUACUGAGAUCACUAUUUGGGAGAAGGAAUGUCCCCAACAACGAGAUGGUUUCAAUUGUGGAAUUUUUGCACUAGCUGUUGCACAGUGCCUGGUCGAGAAGAAAAGCAUUCCGUCGCAGGUAAACACCGAAGAGCUUCGCAGCUAUUUUGCUGAACGCAUUGAGUCCACUCAGCAAUUGACACCACCGGAUCUGGAUUCCUCGCUUUCACCGAUCCGUCCCGUCAUCCGCAGCACUAGUCUGCCCGCCACCUCCAGGUCUUCACAAUCUAUAUCGAUCAAAUCCCAUGGCUUUUUUGAGGAUCUGAGAAGGGAAGAGGAGAGAUUGGAAAUAGGACGACCGGUAAUAGCGAAGAAGGAGGUUCAAUUGUUGAGCAUGAAGCAAGGGCUUGGCUCCCGUCGACAAAAGCUUAAGGAAAGGGAAGAUAUGGCGUCUAUUCUACGAGGGCAAGUUAGCGACCCAGAAACCACCGAGGCCGUUUUGGUUAAAAUUGAGGCUUGGAUAAACGAAUGUCCCGAGGGCGUUGGUAUUAUGAAAGAAUGGAUCAACGAGAUGAAAUCUGAUGCCGCGUCAAGAAAGAAGUCAAUGAGGGAAGAAAGUAAGUGUCUCCGCGAAAAGCUGGGAACUGUUGAAGCGGAAUGCGACGAUAUUCGCAAGGAGGUGAAGCAACUAGAGGACCAGAUUCCUUCGCAUGAAAAGGAAUUAAAGGCUAUGUUGGAAACCGAGCAAGAUUUGGCCCAUAUCAAGCAGUCUUGUGCUGAGUUUGCGAAGAGUAGAUGA